CUUCUGCUCAACCUCCUGCCCUCCUGCUGUACCAGGUGCUGCCAGUAGGUGCUCAGGUCAGGCUGUUCAUGGAGGCUCCUGAUGCUGGAACUUAGAACCUGGAGUGCUGAGCGCGCUGCUCAGAACACAGAAUGUCAGGGAACACUGAUCCAUUCACCUUGGCAAAGUCUGUAGUCAACACAAACCUCCCAGAGUAGCGGACCCUGUUCGAAGAACCUGACUCUGCUGAACUGCCCUCAUGGGCAGUUACCUGGACAAAUCUGGCCCGCAGCAGCCUGCACCAGGUCAGGAGGGCAGGGACAAACAGGAGAGGCCAGACUGCCGCCCACCUGCCCGGACCUCAGCUCCCACCCUGGUGACCCAUCCUGUCCGCCAUGUUUACCACUCGCUCCCCACUCCUCUGCUCCCGGCCUCCAGGAGGCAUUGCCACAGGGACUUUGGGACAUCCUCAAAACGCUACGUGACGGUAUCUCAAAGAUGGGAUCCACUUCCACAGCCCGGGUAUUCCCAUGUGGGCGUACUUCCCAGGGUGUCCUGGGAUGGCUGCCCCAACAAGAAGACCCUGCUACCUGUUUGUGAUUUCAGGUGGGUGGGCCGCCCAGGGACUGUGAGGAUCCCCCCUCCUGACAGAAAAUGGACUCGUUCUGCAGGACCAGAGCAGGUGAUCAGCUCAGCACUGUCCUCACCAUCACGUGACGUCCCAGACCCAAGUGCCAAGGAGACUGUUCCGAGUGCCCUCAAAGACAGGAUGAAAAAGACAGUGAGGGGAGAAGACCAAAUAUUUGCUGAUGGCCAGGAAAAUAGAAGAAGUUGCCAUGACAGCAGUGGGACUGGACAUUCAGCCCUUGAGCCCCUGCCUAAGCCUGAGUGUCUGAAGAAAGGUCCCGAUUCACAGAGCUCAGAGGACCCCUUGAAUAAGAGAUCAUGCACAUCUUCUGCGAGCUCCUUGGCCAGCACGUACACAUGUGGCAUCCCCGUCCCUAGACGCAAUGCCAUUACCAGCUCCUACAGCUCUACCCGAGGCUUCUCAGGGCUCCAGAAGAGAAGCGGGCCCAGUUCCUCGCCCUCCUUAUCGCGCUCCCAGACACAACAGAGGCCUGCAAAGUAAAUAAUAGGAGAGGAGC